AUGGAAGCUGCCAAUUACUCUGGGGUGUCUGAAUUUGUGUUGCUGGGACUAACUGAUUCUCCUGAGCUUCAGGCUUUCUUCUUUGUGGUAUUUUCUGUUUUAUAUGUGGUGACUAUAUUAGGCAAUUGUCUCAUUUUGCUUACAGUUAUAUCUAUUCCACAACUUCAUUCACCCAUGUAUUUUUUGCUUGGCAACCUGUCUUUCAUUGACAUGUGUCUGUCCUCCUUUGCUACACCUAAGAUGAUCAUGGACUUUUUCUUUCAUCGUAAGACCAUUUCUUUCGAAGGUUGCAUCUCUCAGAUCUUCUUCUUGCAUCUCUUCACUGGCACUGAGAUUGUCCUACUUAUUUCUAUGUCCUUUGAUAGAUACAUUGCUAUAUGCAAACCUCUCCGAUAUUCAAACAUUAUGAGUCAACGUGUGUGUCUCGGUCUUGUGGUGGUUUCUUGGACAGUGGGCUUCCUUCACACAAUGAGUCAGUUGGCCUUCACUCUCUACUUGCCUUUCUGUGGUCCUAAUGUUGUAGACAGCUUCUUCUGUGACCUUCCUUUGGUUAUUCAACUUUCCUGCAUAGAUAUCUAUGUCCUAGGGCUCUUCAUGAUUUCAACCAGUGGCAUGAUUGCACUGGUCAGCUUCCUGCUUUUGCUUACCUCCUACAUCAUUGUCUUGGUUACUAUGAAGAAGCACUCCUCUGGUGGGUCAUCUAAGGCACUUUCUACUUGUACCGCACACUUCAUAGUUGUAUUCAUGUUCUUUGGACCAUGCAUCUUCAUCUAUGUAUGGCCCUUUACCAACUUCCUUGUGGACAAGGUUCUUUCUGUAUUUUAUACUAUUUUCACACCUUUCUUGAAUCCACUCAUCUAUACUCUGAGGAACCAAGAGGUGAAAGCUGCCAUGAGGAAAAUGAGCAACCAAUAUAUUAACUUCCGGAAAACCGCACAGUUUCCAAGAUACCCUGUACAAUGA